AUCCAACAGAAAACAGCCAUGGCUUCCAGCCUUUGCCUCUCUCCUCUGCUCUCCGCCACCCAAAUCAAAGAGGCCGACCCCAUGACCAAAGACAGUUGUUUGAAUGAAUCACUUCGAUGUUGCAAAACCUUGAACCAACUCAAGCAGUUACACUGUCAAAUUACUAAGAACGGUCUUGAUCAGAUCCCUUCUACUCUAACCAAGCUGGUCAAUGCUGGCGCAGAAAUUGCCUCGCCGGAAAGCUUAGACUACGCUCGAAAGGCCUUUGAGCUCUUCAAAGAAGAUGUAAGAAGCGAUGAUGCGCUUUUCAUGCUUAACUCUUUGAUCAGAGGUUACUCUUCUGCUGGUCUUGGCCGCGAAGCUAUCUUACUUUAUGUUCGGAUGUUGGUCCUAGGCGUUACACCUAAUCACUAUACCUUUCCAUUUGUUUUGAGUGGGUGCACAAAGAUCGCAGCUUUCUGUGAGGGGAUUCAAGUUCAUGGGUCCGUUGUCAAGAUGGGUUUAGAGGAAGAUGUGUUUAUACAGAACUGUUUGAUUCAUUUCUAUGCUGAAUGUGGACACAUGGAUCAUGGGCACAAGGUGUUUGAGGGAAUGUCUGAAAGAAAUGUUGUGUCGUGGACUAGUUUGAUUUGUGGUUACGCUCGUGGGGAUCGUCCAAAAGAGGCCGUUUCUUUGUUUUUUGAAAUGGUGGAGGCGGGUAUUAGACCUAGUUCGGUUACCAUGGUGUGUGUGAUCUCUGCAUGUGCCAAGUUGCGGGAUCUUGACAUGGGCGAGAGAGUGUGUGCUUAUAUCGGUGAGUUGGGGCUGAAGCUCAAUAAAGUCAUGGUGAAUGCGCUCGUCGACAUGUACAUGAAAUGCGGUGCAAUCGAUGCUGCAAAGCGGCUCUUUGAUGAAUGUGUUGAUAGAAAUUUGGUCCUUUACAAUACAAUCUUGUCAAAUUAUGUGCGCCAGGGAUUGGCGAGAGAGGCGCUUGCCAUAUUAGAUGAAAUGCUGCAACAAGGCCCUCGACCCGACAGGGUCACAAUGUUAUCUGCAAUCUCGGCCUCCGCACAGUUAGUUGAUCUUUUCUAUGGAAAGGUGUGCCAUGGUUAUGUGAUAAGGAAUGGGCUAGAAGGUUGGGAUAGCAUUGGAAAUGUGAUUAUUGACAUGUACAUGAAGUGUGGGAAACCAGAAAUGGCCUGUAGAGUAUUUGAUCUAAUGUCCAACAAGACUGUGGUUUCAUGGAAUUCACUAACGGCGGGAUUUAUCAGAAAUGGUGAUGUGGAAUCAGCUUGGGAAGUAUUCAAUCAAAUACCAGAGAGAAAUGCUGUGUUUUGGAACACCAUGAUUAGUGGUUUGGUGCAGAAGAGCUUGUUUGAGGACGCAAUUGAACUGUUCCGAGAAAUGCAGGGCGAGGGAAUAAAAGCAGACAGGGUGACAAUGAUGGGCAUCGCUUCUGCCUGUGGAUAUUUAGGAGCUCCAGAGCUUGCAAAGUGGGUUCACACUUACAUUGAAAAGAAUGGAAUUCCUUGUGAUAUGCGGCUCAAUACAGCUCUGGUUGAUAUGUUUGCUAGGUGUGGUGAUCCUCAAAGUGCAAUGCAAGUCUUCAAUAAAAUGACUGAAAGAGAUGUAUCUGCUUGGACUGCAGCCAUUGGAACAAUGGCCAUGGAGGGAAAUGGGGAAGGAGCUACUGGGCUUUUCAACCAGAUGCUUAUUCAAGGAGUGAAACCUGAUGUGGUACUAUUUGUGCAAGUACUGACUGCAUGUAGCCAUGGUGGGCUAGUGGAACAAGGCUUGCAUAUUUUCAGUUUGAUGGAGGACCAUGGAAUCUCCCCCCAAAUUGAACAUUAUGGGUGCAUGGUUGAUUUACUUGGCCGAGCUGGAUUACUGAGGGAAGCUUUUGAUCUCAUAAAGAGCAUGCCCAUGGAGCCUAAUGAUGUGGUUUGGGGUUCUCUCUUAGCUGCUUGCCGGGUCCAUAAGAAUGUUGAAAUGGCUACAUAUGCAGCUGAAAGGAUAAAUGAAUUGGCUCCUCAGAGAGCUGGGGUCCAUGUGCUUCUUUCAAACAUAUAUGCUUCUGCUGGGAAAUGGACGGACGUUGCAAGAGUGAGACUAAACUUGAGGGAAAAAGGGGUUCGCAAAGUGCCCGGAUCAAGCUCGGUACAGGUUAAUGGUGUAAUACAUGAGUUCACCUCUGGGGAUGAAUCACAUCCAGAAAUGACCCACAUUGCCUUGAUGCUACAGGAGAUGAACUGCAGAUUCUCAGACGCUGGCCAUAUUCCUGAUCUAUCCAAUGUUUUACUUGAUGUUGAUGAGCAGGAGAAAGAGUACCUGCUCAGUCGACAUAGUGAGAAACUUGCUAUUGCAUUUGGGCUUAUCACUACAGGUCGAAGCACGCCAAUUCGUGUUGUUAAGAAUCUGCGCAUGUGCUCUGAUUGCCACUCCUUUGCCAAAAUGGCAUCAAUAAUAUAUAAUCGGGAGAUUAUUGUUAGAGAUAAUAAUAGGUUUCACUUCUUCCGGCAAGGCUUAUGUUCUUGUUGUGAUUAUUGGUAAUAUUACAUGAACUUCAUUGGUAAGUAUUUUUUGGACAAUUCAGCAUGUCAAUCCAUUUACAUUAGUUCA